AUGAAGUUCACUUUCGUGUCGUCGGCGCUUCUGGCGCUCGUCUCCUCCGCCGCCGCUCAAGCUCCCUCGGUCCCCGAGCCAUUGACUGCGGACUGGCUGCUGAACAAGGCGGGCAACAACACCUUGUUCACGCGAUGGAGGCCUCGGUCGCACUUCAUCUCGCCCUCGGGCUGGAUGAACGACCCCUGUGGUGCCGUUCACGACCCCGUCACCGACACGUACCACCUUCACUACCAGUUCCACCCCAACCACGUCAACUGGGGUAACGUCUCGUGGGGUCACGCCGUUUCCAAGGACCUCUUUCACUGGACUGACGUCCGCGGCUGGGAGAACGACUCAGCCGUCUCCUUCCCUUCUGGUCACUUCAAGAGUGCCCCCUUAUCUGUGUUUACCGGAACUACCCAGACGGUAAACCUUCACGGCAAGGAGGACGGAACCCUCCUGACUAUGCUGACCGGCAUCCACCACCUGCCCACCAACUGGAAAAUCAAGUACCAGACGGGCACUGAGGUUCAAGCCGUUUUCACCAGCAAAGACGCCGGCAUCACCUGGCAGGAUCAAGGGAUCGUGAUUCCCGGACCUCCCGAGGGCUGGAAUGUCACCGGCUUCCGCGACCCUUCACUCUUCUCCAACCCUGACCUGGACGCGCUGCGGAACGUUUCUGAGCCACACUACUACGCCGUCCUGGGCUCAGGUCUCAAGGGACCAAACGUUCCGGCCCAGCUCCCCGGCGCCGCCCGCCCGGGAUUCCUCGGCCCGCGCAUGCCCCUCUACGCAGCCCCGGCCUCCAACCUGACCGACUGGAAGUUCCUCGGUGCCCUCUGGGAACCUGCCGCCAACGCAAGCCUGGGCGAGCCCGACGUCACGGGCUCCUACGGCUACAACUUUGAGGUCAGCGGUCUGUUCGAGCUCAAGGCGAACGGCAGUGACAAGGGCGUCUAUUUCGUCACCACGGGCGCCGAGGGCGGCAACACCACGCGCCACGUGCGCGAGCAGUGGGCUCUGUGGACGCGCGGUGAGCUCUCGGCCCGCAGCAACGGUAGCGUCGAAAUGAAGCCCUCGUCCAGCGGCGCCGUGGAUUGGGGUUUGUCCUACGCCCAAGCCUCGUUCGUCGACUCGCGCAAGGGCAACGCGGGCAGGCGGGUGAUGUGGGGUUGGGCAAACGAGGACAUCCAAGACGCCACGAGGUUUUCCGUCGCCAAGGCCAUGGGCUACGCAGGUGCCAUCACCCUGCCCACAGAGCUUUUCCUCCUAGAGACACCGGGCGUGCAGAAGCACGACUACGUCGACGGCAACGAGUGGAUCGCCAAGGACGGUGCCUUCACCGCCCAGACCUUGGGCAUCAGGCCGCUGCCCGACGUCAUCGAGAAGCUCAAGACCGGCGCCGCCCUGAACACCUUUGACGUCGCCACCGUGACGGCCGGCACGCCCAAGAAGGUCUCCGAGAACGUGGGCGACUCGUACGUCCUGACGGCGACGCUGUCGGCCCCCAACGGCACUGCCGGCAUCGUCAUCGCGCAGAGCCACGACAACUCCGAGUACACCAGCAUCGUCUACGACGCGGCGGCCAAGACCAUCGGCGUGCACCGCGACCACAGCAGCUCGCUCGUCGGCGUCUUUAGCAAUUACACGCACGAGGGACACUUUGCGCCAUACAAGUCCGUCGACGGCAAGGCCGAGGACGUCAAGUUCACCGUCGUCUACGACAAGUCGCUGCUCGAGGUCUUUGUCAACGACCGCUUCGCCCUCACCAGCCGCAUCUACCCCGUGCGUACCGACAGCACCGCCCUGAGCUUCUUUGCCGGCGACAUUGGGCUGGGCAAGAAGACCAACAACGAGGGUGCAGCCGAGACGGUCGUCUGGAAGGACGUCAAACUCUGGAAGGGUCUGGCCAAGGCCUGGACGGAGCGCCCAGACGACUCCAGCUCGCCGCUGGUCUGGGACAGUGCUCAGCAGACAAACAACUACACCUGGUGGGAUGGAUGGUAG